AGGGCAUGCAACUUGGCCACCGACUGCUGGGUCGCUGUGAUUGAUUACGCACCCUUACUCUAUUUAUUUCAUCACGUCGUAAAGUGAUUUGUCUUUUAAACGUAGUUUAGAAAUAGUAACUGUUUCUUCUAGGUCUUACAGAUGGGAUCCAUGUUCCCAAUAUUUCUCCUGUGCUGCGUGGCCCUGGUGGCCGGAGGACAAGCUGAAGACCCAGGGCACGAAGACUCCAGACCUUUGUUGGCGAUACAAUAUGGGAAGCUCCUGGGUAAAGCGGUGACGGUGAAAGGGACGGAGCGCAGAGUGCACACGUUUUUGGGGAUCCCCUUUGCGAAGCCCCCCGUCGGAAAGUUAAGAUUUGCCCUUCCGCAGCGUCCAGAACCUUGGAGCUCCAUCAGAGACGCAUCGCAAGUUCCACCGGUGUGCUUGCAAAGCUUGGCAUGGCUGGAGCAGUCCGCAGAACAGUUAAAUAUGGAGAUUCCCAGACCGCGAAACGAGGAGGACUGCUUAAUACUUAAUAUUUUCACCCCGGCAGAUCGAGGGGAGAAUGCCCAGCUAUCUGUUAUGGUGUUCAUACACGGAGGGGGUCUUAUGGUGGGGGGAGCGUCCAUGCUUGACGGAUCUGCUUUAAGCGCCUAUGAAAAUCUAGUCGUUGUAUCCGUUCAGUACCGGCUGGGAUUCUUGGGAUUCCUAAGUGGAGAUAGUAAAGCACCUGGAAAUUUGGGGUUAUUGGAUCAAGUGGCAGCUCUUCAGUGGGUCCAGGAAAACAUUAAGGAUUUCGGAGGCGACCCCCGGUCUGUCACUAUAUUCGGGGAAUCGGCAGGAGGAUUUAGCGUGGCCGCUCACAUAUUAUCUCCGUUAUCCAAAGGCUUGUUCCAUAGAGCCAUAGCUGAGAGUGGAACAGCAAUUCUCCCGGGGCUGAUGAUCACGGAUUCUAGAACGCAGGAGAGCUUUAAAAAAAGUGUUGCAGACUUAUCGGGCUGCGACCCGGCUGAAUUGGUGGACUGUUUGAAGGCCAAAACCAAAGAGGAGCUCUUGGGAAUCUAUAAUACUAUGAAAUUCCAACCUAUGCCUGGUUGUGUGGACGGAGAGUUUCUUCUCAAACCGCCUGAAGAAAUUUUAGUGAAUAAAGAGGUCAACCGCGUACCGUUAAUGAUUGGGGUCACCGAUCAAGAGUUUGGCUGGCUCCUUCCAAAUCUCUUCAAUCUUGUGGAAUUAUCAGGAAUAAUCGACAAACAAUCUGCUUUAUCAGCUCUUCGCAAUCCACCAUUGUCGUUAAUCUUGCAUGAAACCCACCCUGACGCCAUUCCUGCCAUCUUUGAGGAAUACAUCGGAGACAUGAGGGAUCCUUCCGAAAUUCGCUCUCGGUUCCAGGAUUUAUGCGGCGACGUUAUGUUCGUCAUCCCGGCUCUCAAGACGGCCAAGUAUCACCGAGAUUCCGGACUUCCUGUUUACUUUUAUGAAUUCCAACGCCGGCCUUCAAUGUUCAACAGUUCAAAGCCGGGUUAUGUUAAAGCCGAUCACACCGAUGAGCUUUUUUUCGUCAUGGGUGGACCAUUCAUUAACGCUACUAGCCUUUUCAACGGUUAUGCCACCGAGGAAGAGGAAAUCCUAAGCAGAACAGUCAUGAACUAUUGGGCCAACUUUGCUCGGAGCGGCGAUCCUAACGGACCGGAUGUAGCCGAUUGGCCAGAAUUCCGCGAAGAUGAAAACUAUCUGCAGAUUAAUCUGGAACAAAAAGCAGCAAAGGGGCUGAAACAAGGAAAAUUUGAAUUCUUUACCAAGAUUCUUCCUGAGAAAACCCAAAAAAUGCGGGAAAAAGCCGAGCUGUAUCUACUCACCCGCCAACCUCACCUAACAUCUUCCUGGCAUGCAACUAUUGUUGAUAUUGUUAUUAAUAGGAGAUGUAUUAAUUUGUUUAGGGCGAUAUUGACAUCGGCCCGGUUUCUCACACAGAUGGGGUUUCUGAUCCAAAUACUUCUCCUGUGCUGGGCGGCCGCCCAAGGAACCGCAGAGGAUCCAGUGCAAGAAGAUUCCAGGCCAUUGUUGGAUACAAAUAAUGGGAAACUCCUUGGUCGGACCAUGUCCGUCAUGGGCACGGAGCGUAGAGUCCACGCGUUUUUGGGGGUCCCCUUUGCCAAGCCCCCAGUUGGAGAGUUGAGGUUUGCGUCUCCACAGCCCCCAGAGCCUUGGAGCUCCAUCAGGGAUGCAUCGAAACAGCCAGCCAUCUGUUUGCAGCCCGCGACCUCUUUAGAAAUGCUCAGCGACUUUUUCAAGCGAGAGAUAAUCAUACCCCCCGUUUCCGAGGACUGCUUGCUCCUCAAUCUCUUCACGCCAGCAGAUCGCAGACAGGAUUCAAAGCUGCCCGUUUUGGUGUUUAUACACGGAGGAGGAUUAUCAAUGGGAGGAGCAUUCUUGUUUGAUGGAUCGGCUAUCAGUGCUUAUGAAGAUGUAGUGAUGGUAGCGAUCCAGUACAGACUGGGAGUCCUAGGCUUCUUCAGUACCGGGGACAAGGAGGCUCCUGGUAACUUUGGGUUAUUGGACCAAGUGGCAGCUCUUCAGUGGGUCCAGGAAAACAUUAAGGACUUUGGAGGCGACCCCCAGUCUGUCACUAUAUGCGGUGAAUCGGCAGGGGCUUUGAGCGUGGCUGCCCUGGUCUUAUCGCCCUUAUCCAAGGGGUUAUUCCACCGAGCCAUAGCAGAGAGUGGGACGGCCAUGCUGCCGGGACUUGUAGCCAACACACCUGAAGAGGUCCAUUUUCUACGCAACACCGUCGCCAACAUAUCGGGCUGUGAUUCUGCCGUCGUCUUUAAGUGUUUGAAGGAGAAGACUGAAAACGAAAUGAUUGACCUGUUAAAAGCUCUGGAAUUCGUACCCCUGCCCAUGUGUGUAGAUGGGGUGUUUCUUCCCAAACCCUCUGAAGAGAUUUUGGCCAAUAAAGAGAACAACAGAGUCCCUUUAAUGAUUGGAGUCUGCGAACAGGAAUUUGGAUGGGCCAUUCCACUGGUCAUGAAUAUUAGUGGGAUAACAGAAGGUAUGACCAAAGAUACAGUAGAGGCAACGCUGCGUUUGGUUCCUUUCCUGAGCCACACAACCCAUUUUAUUCCCUUGGCGAUGGAGGAAUACUUUGGUGACACGAGUGAUCCAACCGAAAUCCGAGAUCGUUUCUUGGAUCUGUGCGGAGAUCUAGCGUUUGUUAUACCUGCGCUCAAGACUGCCAAGUAUCACCGAGAUUCCGGCCUUCCUGUCUACUUCUAUGAAUUCCAGCACCGUCCUUCAGUUUUUAAGGAUUUUAAACCAGAUUAUGUGAAAGCAGAUCACGGAGAUGAAUUAUUGUUUGUACUUGGAUCUCCAUUCUGGGCCGAGAAUAAUCUAUUCAAUGGUCAAGCCACCGAUGAAGAAAAACACCUCAGUAGAACCGUCAUGAAGUACUGGGCCAACUUUGUUCGAAAUGGAGACCCUAAUGGACCGGGACUAACCAAAUGGACAGAAUAUAGCAAGGACGAAAGUUAUCUACAAAUUAACUUGGAGCCGACGCCAGCUCAAAGGCUGAAAGACAAUCGGCUACAGUUUUGGACCAAGACGUUUCCUGAGAAAAUCCAAAAAUUAUCAGAGACUGACCAUUCCGAACUGUAGAUUGCGUAAUUCUUAACUAUGAAUGUAACAGAACGGUAAGCUCAUUUCCACUCCACAUUAAAGUGAGAGCACAA